AUGAAUCCGGUCAGCGCAUGCGCACUGACCAUUAACCCGGUCAGCGCAUGCGCACUGGCCAUGAACCCGGUAGCCACCUGCCACAGCCUGGGGUGGUGGCAGGUUACUGGCACCCGGGGCAGGUGGCAGCAGGUGGUGAUGCCCCACCUGCUUCUCCUCCUGCUCCUGCUCAACUCUGCUGCAGCAGACAAGGUCGUAGAGAGUCUUCGAGACGGCUUCGGCUACUACUACAAGAUCGCUGGCUACGCCCUCAACGACACGGCUGACUACCAGGUCGUCCAAGUUAACAGUAGCUGUGAGUGCCACCGACGGUGUCAGGUGCUGCCAACGUGCCACUCGGUGUCAGUGCUGACAACAGCAGGAGGUGCCUCGGAGUGCCGCGUGUCUAAGAGACCUGCCGUGCUGACCAACGUCACUGACCGCCCCAAGCUCUACCGGAACCCCACGGCCAUCCACUUCCUCUUCACGGCGCCACCAAACUGGAACGAGGUAGAGGACGACGGGUUUGAGUACCAAACAACGGGCCUUACGUUUCCCUGGGGCCAAGGUCCCUCUUGGUGUACUGGUAACGUGAGACUUGUCAACAUAAUAACCUUAGACCAGAUGAGGAUCAUCAUGGGGAAAACUGCCAGAAACACUCUAUACUGGGUGAACCUGUCUCGCAAGCCAGGCGGCCAGCCCACUUGGGACGCUGGAGGAGCGGCCAUACCUUACAACCAGACGGAGCUGGACCCCGCAAGCCUCGUGGACAAGAUCUCCCCGUCCUUGUCCUCAUACUUCUACUUGACGCACGACGGUUCUCGCUACACCUUCACUGGGACAUCCUACAUUUAUUUAUAUUUUUUCAUCUGCCAGGAUAACCUGCUCAACCUUGUGCUAUGGGAAAGGGCGGGGUUUGGAGGCAGAGUGGGCGUGGCUGUUGGGGGUAAUCACAGCAGAGCCCUACUCCACACGCCGACGGGGCACCACGCCACACACGCUGACGGGGCACCACGCCACACACACGCCAGGGCACCGCAUCACAGUCAGCACCCAGCGCCCCAGACGACAAUACCCACGCCAGCAACAGUGACCUCUGCCGCCCACCACAGCAGCAGUGCUGACCUUUUCCUCCCACAGCAGCAGAGGACGCAGACAUGGUUCACGUGGAACUUCUCUCACUGCUGGGGCUUACGGCCAUGUUCCUGGCAGAAACGGAGGCAAGGUGCAGCUCCACUUCAGAGAUUGAGUGUCACAGGGACAGUCAGUGCAUCGCCAUCACCUCUGUGUGUGACUCCGCAAAACAUUGUAGCGACGGCUCCGACGAGGACCCCUACGUCUGUGAGACCUGGACGAGAACGGACCGAAAUUGUAUCGGCGUCGGACAUAUAUACUGUGGCUGGAACUGUCGCAGCAUACCUGAUGCAUGUAGCAUUGCAGACUGUAACCACCUGUUAAAUCCUCGUAUGUGUGAGG